AUGCUUGACGGAGUUUUAUCGAUUGCACGGGACGGAACACAAAAAUUAGAAGAACAAACAAAGAUCCAAGCAAAAAUACAGUCUAUGCUUGAACAUCAGCAGAAUAUCAUGGAAGAUGUCUAUAGAGAUCUUGGAGAUUUUAAAGAGAUUCAAAAAAGACUUGAUGAAGUCGAUGAACUUAAUAAUGUUAUCGACAUAAACAUCCAAAACCAUAGAAAAUUCCUUACAGAUCUUUUAAAUAAACAACCGAAAUCACAAAAUUCACAAAUUAGUGAUUUGAUUGCAAGUUUAAUUCUAAAUAUCCAAGAUGCAGUCAUCGAAAUGGGAUUUGCACAUACAGAAAAAGGAGAAUAUGAAGUUGAAAUUUCGGAACUUCUUACAAUAGAAGAUGACAUAAAAUCAACUAUUGACUCGCUAACAGAGAAAGGAUUAUACUUAGAAUCAUCAGAUGACAGACUUCUUCGUCAACAAAAAUAUCAGCGACAUAUCAAGAAACUCUACGAUUUCAUUCAAGAAGAAGCUAAGAAAUGA